ACACACUCCGGGAGCGGGAGCACGGCGCGGACGCCAAGACGCCGGGCUGCCGUGCCCAGAGCCAGCCCAAGCCGGAGCCCGAACCGCAGCGCCAGCCCCAGCCGUGCCGAGCCGCAGCCCGGGCCGGGGCCGGCGGCGGCUCAUGGACAGCGGGGUCGGCGGCCGGUGCUGCCCCGAGGCGGCCCUCCUUAUCACAGAACCUGUGAGGAUGCCGAGGAUGCGGCCCCUGAGGCCCAGCCCAGGGCUUGGGGGACAGCAGUGGCUGCUGCCCCUCUUGUUGCUGGCAUUCCUACUCCUGCUGGCUCCAUGCCCAGGCCAGGCCACUCGGGUGGUAUACAAGGUGCCGGAGGAACAGCCGCCCAACACGCUCAUCGGGAGCCUCGCGGCUGACUAUGGCUUUCCAGAAAAGGACCACCUGUACAAGCUCGAGAUAGGUGCCCCCUACCUCCGAGUAGAUGGCAAGACCGGUGACAUUUUCACUACUGAGACCUCCAUCGACCGAGAGGGCCUCCGUGAAUGCCAAAACCAGCUCCCUGGUGAGCCCUGCAUCCUGGAGUUCGAGGUGUCCAUCACCGACCUGGUGCAGAAUGGCAGCCCCCGACUCCUUGAGGGCCAGAUAGAGGUGCAGGACAUCAAUGACAACACGCCCAACUUCGCCUCGCCAGUCAUCACUUUGACCAUCCCUGAGAACACUAACAUCGGCUCACUCUUUCCCAUCCCGCUGGCUUCAGACCGUGAUGCUGGCCCCAACGGUGUGGCAUCCUAUGAGCUGCAGGCUGGGCCCGAGGCUCAGGAGCUAUUUGGGCUGCAGGUGGCAGAGGACCAGGAAGAGAAGCAGCCACAGCUCAUCGUGAUGGGCAAUCUGGACCGCGAGCGCUGGGACUCCUACGACCUCACCAUCAAGGUGCAGGAUGGCGGCAGUCCUCCCCGCGCCAGCAGUGCCCUGCUCCGGGUCACCGUGCUCGAUACCAACGACAAUGCCCCCAAGUUCGAGCGGCCCACCUAUGAGGCCGAGCUGUCAGAGAACAGUCCCAUAGGCCACUCGGUCAUUCAGGUGAAGGCCAAUGACUCGGACCAAGGUGCCAACGCAGAGAUUGACUACACCUUCCACCAGGCUCCUGAGGUCGUGCGGCGCCUCCUGCGACUGGACAGGAACACUGGACUGAUCACCGUCCAGGGCCCUGUGGACCGUGAGGACCUGAGCACCCUGCGCUUCUCCGUGCUCGCCAAGGACCGGGGUGCCAACCCCAAGAGUGCCCGUGCACAGGUGGUGGUGACCGUCAAGGACAUGAAUGACAAUGCUCCCACCAUUGAGAUCCGGGGCAUAGGGCUGGUGACUCAUCAGGACGGGAUGGCUAACAUCUCAGAGGAUGUGGCUGAGGAGACGGCCGUGGCCCUGGUACAGGUGUCUGACCGAGAUGAGGGUGAGAAUGCAGCUGUCACCUGUGUAGUGGCAGGUGAUGUGCCCUUCCAGUUACGUCAGGCCAGCGAGACGGGCAGUGACAGCAAGAAGAAGUACUUCUUACAGACUACCACCCCGCUUGACUAUGAGAAGGUCAAGGAUUACACCAUUGAGAUAGUGGCCGUGGACUCUGGCAACCCGCCCCUAUCGAGCACCAAUUCCCUCAAGGUGCAGGUGGUAGACGUCAAUGACAAUGCGCCCAUCUUCACCCAGAGCAUCACCGAAGUCGCCUUCCCGGAAAACAACAAGCCUGGUGAAGUGGUGGCCGAGGUCACCGCCAGCGAUGCUGACUCUGGCUCAAAUGCGGAGCUGGUCUAUUCUCUGGAACCAGAGCCAGCUGCCAAGGGACUCUUCACUAUCUCACCCGACAGUGGAGAGAUCCGGGUGAAGACAUCCCUCGACCGGGAGCAGCGGGACAGCUACGAGCUGAAAGUGGUGGCCGCCGACCGGGGCAGCCCCAGCCUGCAGGGCACAGCCACUGUGCUCGUCAAUGUGCUGGACUGCAAUGACAACGACCCCAAGUUUAUGCUGAGUGGCUACAACUUCUCAGUGAUGGAGAAUAUGCCAGCACUGAGUCCCGUGGGCAUGGUGACCGUCAUCGAUGGGGACAAGGGGGAGAACGCCCAUGUGCAGCUCUCUGUGGAGCAGGACAAUGGUGACUUCGUGAUCCAGAAUGGCACGGGCACCAUUCUCUCCAGCCUAAGCUUCGAUCGAGAGCAACAGAGCACCUACACCUUCCAACUGAAGGCAGUGGAUGGUGGCGUGCCACCCCGUUCCGCCUACGUUGGGGUCACCAUCAAUGUGCUGGAUGAAAAUGACAACGCUCCUUUUAUCACAGCCCCAUCCAAUACCUCCCACCGGCUGCUGACUCCCCAGACGCGUCUUGGCGAGACGGUCAGCCAGGUGACAGCCGAGGAUAUUGACUCUGGUGUCAACGCUGAGCUGACCUACAGCAUUGCUGGGGGCAACCCCUAUGGGCUCUUCCAGAUUGGUUCCCACUCGGGGGCCAUCACACUGGAGAAGGAGAUUGAGCGACGCCAUCAUGGGCUUCACCGCCUAGUGGUGAAGGUCAGUGACCGUGGCAAGCCCCCACGCUAUGGCACAGCCUUGGUCCACCUCUAUGUGAACGAGACCCUGGCCAACCGCACACUCCUGGAGACCUUGCUGGGCCACAGCCUGGACACGCCGCUGGAUAUCGACAUUGCCGGGGACCCAGAGUACGAGCGCUCCAAGCAGCGCGGCAACAUCCUCUUUGGAGUGGUGGCUGGUGUCGUGGCCGUGGCCUUGCUCAUUGCCCUGGCGGUGCUUGUGCGCUACUGUCGGCAACGGGAAGCCAAGAGUGGCUACCAGGCUGGCAAGAAGGAGACCAAGGACUUGUAUGCCCCCAAGCCCAGUGGCAAAGCCUCCAAGGGCAACAAGAGCAAGGGUAAGAAGAGCAAAUCCCCAAAGCCCGUGAAGCCGGUGGAGGAUGAAGAUGAGGCCGGGCUGCAGAAGUCCCUCAAGUUCAACCUAAUGAGCGACGCCCCUGGGGACAGUCCCCGGAUCCAUCUGCCCCUCAACUACCCACCUGGCAGCCCAGACCUGGGCCGCCACUACCGUUCCAAUUCCCCACUGCCUUCCAUCCAGCUGCAGCCCCAGUCGCCCUCGGCCUCCAAGAAGCACCAGGUGGUGCAGGACCUGCCGCCUGCAAACACAUUUGUGGGCACCGGGGACACCACGUCCACGGGCUCCGAGCAGUACUCCGACUACAGCUACCGCACCAACCCCCCCAAAUACCCCAGCAAGCAGUUACCUCACCGCCGAGUUACCUUCUCGGCCACCAGCCAGGCCCAGGAGCUUCAGGACCCAUCACAGCACAGCUACUACGAUAGUGGCCUGGAGGAGUCGGAGACACCAUCCAGCAAGUCCUCCUCAGGGCCCCGCCUCGGUCCCUUGGCCCUGCCUGAGGAUCACUACGAGCGCACCACCCCCGACGGCAGUAUAGGGGAGAUGGAGCACCCCGAGAAUGACCUCCGUCCUUUGCCUGACGUCGCCAUGACAGGCACAUGUACCCGGGAGUGCAGUGAGUUUGGCCACUCUGACACAUGCUGGAUGCCCGGCCAGUCAUCUCCCAGCCGCCGGACCAAGAGCAGCGCCCUCAAACUCUCCACCUUCGUGCCUUACCAGGACCGAGGAGGGCAGGAGCCUGCAGGUGCCGGCAGCCCCAGCCCCCCGGAAGACCGGAACACCAAAACGGCCCCUGUGCGCCUCCUGCCCUCCUACAGUGCCUUCUCCCACAGUAGCCAUGACUCCUGCAAGGACUCGGCCACCUUGGAGGAGAUCCCCCUGACCCAGACCUCCGACUUCCCACCCACAGCCACACCGGCAUCUGCCCAGACGGCCAAGCGUGAGAUCUACCUGUGAGCCCCUUUGGCCAGCUGGCCACACCCUCCCCCAGCCGCAGGCCUGUCCCUGCGGGGCAGCCCGGCCUGGCCCAGGGCCCUCCCUCUCGACCCCUUCCAGUGUGGACUCAUGGCCAGGGCCCAGAUGGAGUGGAGGGGUACUGGCUUCGAGACCAUGCUGGCCUUUCCCCCAUGCAGGGUCCAGGUCCUCUUCCCCACUUCCACCCUCCUCCAAUCCCCAGGAGCCUCUUUUUCCCUUUUGAGGGGCUCCCCCAGCUCAUGUCCAGGAGGGCUCCCUCCCCUCCUCUUCCAGGGAGGGCUCCCUCACUUUGGGCAGGUGGUAGAGUCGGGGUGGGUAGCACACUCUUACAUCCCGCAUGACUGGCCCCCCCGGCCAGGACAGCAGGCCCCUGUGUAUUUUUUAGCCCUGAGGCAGGGCUGAAUUGGGGAGCCCCUCUCCCUGGGAACACCCAGAGGAGACUGACUGUCAGGGGCUCCCUGAAGGGCUUUAGUUACCAAAGGUGGGCUGGGAACCGGGGAGGGAGUGAGGUACGGGUCUUGGCACCCAGGGCUGUGCCUGGCCUGGCACCCUGGCCUGGUCCUCUGGCUCCCCUUUCCUCUGCUGGUCAUGCAGUGUCUGUAUAUAAGGACCUUGGAAUGGUGUCCCCAUUUCUGCCUGAUUUGCAACUUUUCUCGUUGAUGUUGUGUUGUCUUGGGGGACCCCUCGGUGGAGGGGGACCUGCCCUGUGCCCCCUCCCCCCUUUCGCAGUGCCCUCCACCCCAGGCCUCUACUGUUCCAUGUUGUAAAUACCCCUAGGGCCGUGGUGGGAUGGGGGUGCAGGCCAGGGAAACAACGGGUGGGUGGGGUGGGGACGGGGGUAACUUUCGCCUAUCAGCAGAGCUGGGCUUUUAUUUAAUUUUUUUUUUAAGAAAAAAUACAAAUCUCUAUUUUUUUGGAA